ACGCACCGGUUGGCCUGGUAACGACGGUAGCUAGUUGUGUCCACUACUUGUCAACACGCAGUGAGUCGUGGUCUCUUGUUGAAAUCACUGAUAUUAACUUCUAACUACGAGCCCCGGAGAUCCCAGUGUUCACCGAGCGACCCGCGGAAGAUGACCGACUCCUCUCUGAGUUCUCUGGGGGCAAAAGUCGUUGUUACUUCGUCCAGCGAUGAGAACCAUCCUCCAGAAAACAUCAUCGACGGAAACACUCAGACGUUUUGGAUGUCCACCGGGUUGUUUCCACAGGAGUUUAUCAUCCGCUUCCCCGAGCCCACGAGCAUUUCCGCUGUGACGGUGGACAGCCACAACGUCAAGCAGCUAAGGAUUGAAAAGAACACUUCACCAAAUGCUUCUCAGUUUGAGUUUGUCACAGAGAAAGACUUUGAACAUACGGAAGGGCAUCUUCAGUCGAACACUCUUUCACUGGAUGGAAGCAGCGCCAUCCACCUUCGUUUUAUCAUCACAACAGGAUAUGAUUACUUUGUUUCAGUUCACAGAGUCACUGUACAAAUUUGACACACAUGGUUAUUGUGAAUUAAAGCAGAUAUUUUUUUUUAAUAUAUGUAGAUGUGGCUUUAUGGCGUUUUUGUGAUUGUUGUAAAUGUCAAGUGACCUCAUCAUAUGCUCGGUCUGUUCUAAUAAGCGACAAACACACUGACAUCUCCUCCCCCGUGGCUGUCGGUGUUGGUGGUAACUGGAGACCUGAUAAGAAUAUCCCAUGAAUAUGUGAGGAGCAUUGAUUUGAAAAAAAAAAAAAUCAAUGAAUGUAUGUCCAAACAAAAUUUAUUUUAUUGUCCUGAACUUAUCAGUGAAGCCGCAAUUGCAGACAAAGCAUAUGGUUUGGAGCCCUGGUGCAUUUUAAAAUCUGGCCUUUAAUUCAGAAAUUAUCAUCACCCAUUUAAUGUUAUGGAUUCACUUAUGGGGCUUUUAUUUUUAUUCCACAUUCAACUGCUCCUGCUAAUUUCACAAGCUGAUAGUUGGCAGAGCUUUAGAAUGAAAGAGUUGGAUUGUGAUGAAUGGCAAAAUGACUUACAAAGGAAGGUUUCUCUGUGUGAGAAAUAGAGUUAAUUAACUAGUUUAGAGCCGUGGGGGCUUAAAUUGGCAUUGGUGCAGCCCCCCCGCCCACCUCCCCAAUGAGCAGAAUUUGACAUCCCUAUAGAAAUGGGGGGGGGGGGGGCACGGGCAAGGCAGCUGGGGGGUUGGGGCAACCAGAUGGUCUCCCAGCCAACCAGCGAGUCCAUACAGACUGCGGGCCUAUUCACAACAAAGUACUCCAACCACCUCCUGUACUUAUACAAUCCACACACACUCUCACACGUACGCACACUCAACACACAAGCAUUGACUCCUAUCUACCUUCAGUGCCAUUUCAACUUGUCAAUAGCACGGGGUUCAGCAGUGUGCCAGGACCCUCUGGGACUCCCUCCCCAAUUACUUUGCUGACUGCGGAGGACCUUUGGGAUUUUCCGAGGCUGUGCUCGCUGCACACUGGUCUGCAUGCAAGCCUCUGAAUAAACCAAUAAAAAUAUGAAAUACAUGCCUGAAUAACUAGCCCCCUGAUGUUUUAGAGCAACUAAUUGCUUAGGGGUAUAUGGUCGGGAUAUAGCACAUAUGAGUGUGUAAUGAGUAAUGAGGGCAAGGUAGAAACUGAUACACUGCUAUUGACUCAUCUAUUAUUUACUGGUAUGGAAUAUUUAUUAUAAUGUUGAGGUGAAGUGCGAGCCAGAAAAUGAAGUGCAAACUCCUAUUUCACAGGACUAUUGUUUAUUUCUGCCGUGGUUCAAAUAGUGAAUUUAUUACAUGUGUUUGCUAUAAAUUUAUGUGGCCAGAGAUCCUGUUUUGUUUUGUGUUUUUGCACAAGGUCUGCAAAUGGGCCUCUCUAAUGAAUGCGGGCCCCUUUGUGUGUGACUGUCAGCCGAUCAGGAGAAUCACAGCAGGAUAUGAGUGCAUUAUUAUCGUGUCACUGUGGGGCAGGGCUAAAUUAUCAGCCAGCGUCUUCCUACUGCUGCCUGACUGCUGUCCAAUCACACGGAGACAUCUGCUGGACUACGGCUCUGUGUGUCCAGCUGAGUUGACAAAAAAAGAGAUAGUACAUCAUAACCUUCCCAAAAAACCUUUUCGUCUUCAUGACUUUAUUGACAAUGGUAGAUUCAAAAAAACGAUAGUCGUGUUGUUUCAAGCACAGGGACACAUUGUUAGCACACUUUGU